GUGAUCGCUGUGUGAAAAUGUGUGCAAGAAGGACAGCAGAGUGCGAGGAGGACCUUUGGGGCCCAAAAGAGGAGAAGGAAGCACAACUACUGGACCCUGUGUUCAAUCUGAAGCCUCAAAUUGUGCCAUGCAGAGCAGGGGCUAGUUAUGCAGCCGCUUUUAAAAGAAAUGUCAUUACUCCUGCUGAAGAAGUGGGCAACCCCGAAGCAGCGCAACCUACGUAGAAACAAGCAGCGUGGUUUUAGCUCUCGUUUUGAUAACGAGCAGCACGCUAUAAAAGAGCUGCUACAAAUUGUCGCUGAACGGAGGGCAAGAAGCUAUGGUAUUAGCAUUGUGGACCUUCACUUCAAAGCACUGACAAUAAUGAAGAAUAAAGGGAACCAAGACUCUUUGGAUUCAAAAAAAGGUUUCUUCACAAACACCAUGGAUGGCACAGAAGAUGACAUGCUGUGGGAGCAAGAUGGGGUCACUGUUCCUGAUGCAAUCCAGGAGGCACCGGAACUGGACCAAGUCAUCAAUAAUGACUUUGAUAGUGAUGCACCAAAGGCAGUUACGAGGGAUCUUUUUCAGAUUGGAGAUGAGUCAGAUGCUUCUUUUGAAGUCUUGGCCAAGUAUGUGUAAUGUAGUGGAUAAACUGCCCUAUGGAUAAAGGUUUUAUGCACAAAUAUGUAAUGUAAAAAUAUGUUUCUGCAAAAAGUUUCGAUUAAACAGUUUAAGACUUUAGUACAUGUUGUCAACAUUGUUAAUAAAAUGUUAUACCAUCAUUGAGCAUUUAUUUUAGUUAAUUGAGGGGUUCUGUUCUGACAUUUACUGGGACCAAGACAAGCGUCAUGAUCCUGACGCUCCCGCACGAGCUGUGCAGGUGUCCGCGCAGGUGCGCUGAUUGGAAGGUGCACACCUGCGCCUCAUGGAGUCUGAUUAUGCUGUGGAUUUAUAUGACCGCGAUGACAACUGGCCGGCGCCAGUUCGUAUGAUCUUCAUGUCCCAUUCGUGUGCUCCGGUAUCCCUGAUUGAACCUGUGUGUACCGACCUUCGUCCGUUCUCCGUCCAACCUUGUAAGCCUGACUCAUUGAUACUUCUGCCUGUGUUGAUUGUUCCCCUGUCUACCGACUCCUCCCUGUCCGCUCAUCUGCUCUCUUCGCCCGACGUCCCAACUACCGCUGCUGCACCGGACCGCCUGCUCGAUCCCCUACCUCUGCAUAUAAUAAACGUGUCUCUUCUUGAACUACUUUGCGUCUUCCGAGUUCCUGCAUUUGGGUCCUACUCUCAUUCCGAUGGGACGUGACAGAACGAACUGGCCAAUACAGGACCCAGAAGGAAAGACCUGGCGUCGCCGGGACCGACGCAAGGUAGACCGUCUGCCGGAGGACCAAGCGUGUCCAAUCCGGGUAGGCUCCCUGAUGUCCUCCGCUUCCGUGUCUUACGCUCCGCCAGCGAGGUAUGAAUACGUCCCGAACACGACCCGUCCGGCUCCUCAUAUUCUUCUGGACUCUGACUUUUCGGAAUAUGAGGAGGACCGCGAUUUGUAUGACCGGCUGCCGGAGUACGACUCCGAUUAUUCUGAUUAUGAAUCUGCUCGUCCGAUCUUUCAUCCCAGUCAGUUUGUUUCCAGCACCCGAACGUCUUCACCCGGUAGGUUUAAGUACACCAAUCCGUAUGAGGGAACCCGCUUGGCCAUCUACCCGGGACCUCCGCGUGGCGGCCAGAGGAGACGCCCCGUCCGGGCGCUCCCCGGUGCCUCCCGCUGCACGGCGGCUAAGACGUCGUCCUCCCACUCCUCGCCAACAACGGCGAAACCGGCAGACCAGCAGCUGGUGGCGAAGCUUCCAGCCCAGAGGGAGGAGGAGUCUCCAAAUCACGAGGCGUUGUACCGUGAAAUGCGGGCGGAGAUAGAGCGGCAGAGCGCGGAAUUGGCGGCUCUCACGGCCCAGGUCCGGCGGGGAUUGGCGAGCCGACCGAGCUGCGCUGGCGUCGCGGCGGCGACGGACUCGCUGUUGACGCAGGUUCACGUGGCAGUUGGAACUGACCCGCUCCCGAGACACGCCCACGUGUCGGUUUCGACUGACUCUCCGCCUACUCAGGUUCACGUUGCCGUGGAAACAGACCCUCCCCCUUGCCAAGUGCACGCCGCAGUGGGAACGGACUCUCCACCUCGCCAAGGGCACGUAGCUGUGGAAACCGACCCGCCCCCUUGCCAAGUGCACGCCGCAGUGGGAACGGACUCGCCACCUCAAGUGCACGUCGCAGUGGGUUUUGGCUGUUCCGAGCAGAGUUCACGCGGCAGUCGGAACUGACCCGCUCCCGAGACACGCCCACGUGUCAGUUUCAACUGACUCUCGGCCGACUCUCGUUCACGUUGCCCUGGAAAUGGAAUCGCUACCGCGCCACGCCCACGUUGCUGUUUCAACGGAUCCACUGCAAGCUCACGUGGCAGUGGGAACCGACC